AUGUCAUCCGAUUCUUCGAGCUCUUCAUCCGACGGUGUUCUUGACAAUAUGGUUAUCGCAAUUACACAAGAGGCGAUUAAUUAUUUGCAAGAAGAAGCACAAUCCUCUACAUUGCGUACCAGACAACCGGCUCUUGAACGGAAUCGGUUAGGUGCUCAUGAACGUCUAGUGCAAGAUUAUUUUUGUGAAAAUCCGUUGUACGAUGAUGGUCAGUUUAAGCGUAGGUUUCGUAUGAGCCGUCGUCUUUUCGUUAAAAUUUCUAAUGAUCUUGCGGGCGAAUUCCCUUUUUUCACGCAAAGAGAAAGUGCUAGUCACAAAGUUGGUUUCUCUGGAAUACAAAAGUGUACAGCAACAAUUAGCCAACUAACAUACGGCACAGCGAGUGAUGCGUGA